AUGGACCCGGGGUCGCUGAGUGCUGGGGGGGCGAGGCAGCCCAGGACGGGGUCGGAGCAGCGGGCAGCACAGGACAUGCGCAUGUGGAUUGAGCGGGCCAGUAACCCCAAGAUGGAUGAAUGGCUGUCGCAGCUCCGUAUUACAUUCCUGCUGCUGCACUUCCCUCCCUCUAUUCCCCUCCAGCUUGAGCAGUGUUUGCGCCACCACUCAUUCUUCCUCUCACCUGUUGCUGCCCCUCCCCUCUCCCUUCAUUUCCCCUUCAAGUCGUCUCCAGCUCACCUCUGCCCCUCACCUCAGCCCGUCCCAUUAGCCGGAAAGAAAUCCAACAGCAGCGGCACCACCCCUUUAUCUACUUCUCGCUUUAUCUCAUUUCCUUGCCCUCUUGUUGCCACUCUCGACCAUCCCUCUAUUUCCUUGCAGGUUGCCUCCAGCUCACCUCCGCCUGUCCCCCGCGCCGUGAGGAAAUCCAGCAGCAGCGGCACCACCCCCCUCUGUCUUCCCCUCACCGCUUUCUGCCCCUCCCCUCCUUCUCUUCCACUUCAGGUCGUCUCCAGCUCACCUCCGCCAGUCCCCCGCGCCGUGAGGAAAUCCAGCAGCAGCGGCACCACCCCCCUCUGUCUUCCCCUCACCGCUUUCUGCCCCUCCCCUCCUCUUCCACUUCAGGUCGUCUCCAGCUCACCUCCGCCUGUCCCCUGCGCCGUGAGGAAAUCCAGCAGCAGUGGCACCACCCCUCCGCUGCACUCUGCCGACCGGCCCCCUUUACACCCGACUGGGGAGGAGAGUGAGAAUAUGUUCCGAGAGGAGGGUGGGGAGGAGGGGGUGGAUGAUGACGAGGAGGAGGAGAGUGAGGUGGUGAGGGGCAGCUGGAGGAAUGACAGGAGAGGGGCGGCCGAUGUGAUGACUCAUCGGUCGAUGUAUGAUGAGUCAAUGCAGCCGUUGAAAUGA